UUUCUCCCGUCUCUCACGAUUCUUCUCUGCCCCACCGCCGCAAUCUGCACCACCGCGCACCCCACCCCUCCCACCGCCGGGAUCUGCUUCGUCGGACCACCUGCUCCCUUCCCCCGCCGCGAUCUGCCCCCUCCCAUCUCCACACCGAUUCUUUCUCCCCCAAAAUUCCCAAAUCCUAAUUUCACAGACCCUCCAUCUCUCGCUUCGAUUCGCCACAGUCGCGCCGCCCCGUCCGUCGCGACCAGAGCAGUCCGCCAGUUGCGCGCCAGACUGGAUUGAAGAUUGAAGAUAAGAGGGAAGAGGAAGAAGAGGAACUGCAUUCCAUGUUUUCUCAUAGAAGAGAGUCUCGGUCCUCGAUCCCUUUCAUAGGUUACAGCAGGUAACAUAAUUACGAUUGUUUGUUUAUUAGAAUUCAUUUAAUUUCUCAAGUUUUUUGGCUUAUUCUGUGUUUAGGGAUGUGUGUAAUGCCAACUGAGACCUACGAAUUCUAGAUUUCGAUUUCUGGCUUUUGAUUGUGGAUUAGUUGACCUUACGAUCUCUGCACUUUUUAUGCAUUGUGGAAAUUGAAGAGGUUUGGUUGUUUCGGCGGUGCAGAAUGAAUUUUGUAUCCACUUAAUCUUUUUUGUUAAAUCUACUGUUUUCGACUCUGCUGCGGGGUAAAAUUGAAGAUUUACUUUGGUGUCCAUGAUUUAAUUGUAGAACGAGAGGUUGGAUUUUGUUAGUUGUGGGUUGAUUUCGUUUUCUAAUUAUGUGAUGUAUCUGAGGAUUUAUGGAUUGAGCAGUAGGGUUUUUAACUAUUAGAAUAAUCGAUAUUAAUAUUUCUAUCAGGUGUAAGCCAUUUUGUUCUGAAUUACUUUCUUCAAGAGUUGGUGUUUUCUAUUGAUAUUUCAGAAAAGGUAAAAACUUGUGGGCAUCUCAAUAUACGGUGCAGAUCACUGCCUUAAGGUACCGCUUUUCCUUUGCUUUUUCGAUUAAUUAAACAGAAUCGGCUACAUUUCUCUGUUUGGGUUUCGUUAUUGAAAAAUUGAAAUCGACACAUAUUAUUAGGCUUAUUUUCUCCCUUUCCGCUUUGCAUCGAUUCAAAUUCCAGAUUUUUAUUAAUGAAAAAGCCCAUAUUUGUUGUUUUUCAUUGUUUCUAUAAUAACGCGAAGGAAGCAAGUGUGGGUUGAGUAUGAGAGGUUUUUGUUUAAUGGAAUUGUUGCUGCUAGAGCUUCAGCUUCAAUUGUUGCUGCAGAGCCCACAAACUCAAAGGCAAACAUUUAUUUUUUUCUUAUUCUUUUUCUUUUGGAUGGUUAAUGAUAAUGCUGUGAUUUUGGCAAUUGAUCUUUUCAUUUUUAAUUUUAUUUUUUAAUGGUAGAAGGAUGUCAGAUUGCUUUCUCUGAUUUAGUUUUGGAGGAAUUGCCAUUUAAACCAAAGGGAUAUAAUUAUUGGACGUGGCAAGAUAAGAAAAUACAUUAUGUAGUGGAAGGAGAGGGGCUGCCCAUUAUUCUUAUUCAAGGAUGAAAGUCCUCUUUAAUAUUUUUUUUUCAUUUUAGUUUGAUCUAUAACGUAGACCUAUAUCAUAUUAACAGUUUUUUUAGUGAAUAAUCUCCAUAAUUUAUAAAUAUAUUAAGAAAUAACUUUUACAUUUUUUUAUAUAAAUUAUAACACUAAAUGAUACCCGUCGAAUUACACACUAGUAGCUCAAUUACUCAUUGCAAAUAGAGAUAUAUUUUUUUUUUCAUGUAUACAAAGCCUUCACCCUUUCAUAGCAACAAUCGGUUGUUUAAUUCUCAACUCAUUUCCCCAACUUUGAGGUCCUCCUCAAAUCUCAAAUUGUUUCCACAUCAAGUGCAAGUUGUUUCAGCUGAAUACCAAUGCAUCUUUAAUAUCAAGGUUUCCAGGUUGGCUUCUCUUCUCAUCUUAGCGCUGCAAAUCAAUUUUGAGUCACCAUCCAUUUCCAUUUCAUAAGCAUAAAUGCAUCUAAGUUUACAAAUCGAUAAAAAUUGAAUCUCUACACUUAGUUGGAGAAUUGAAAUAGAAGCAAGCAUUGUGCAUAUUAAAUAAAAUUGUGAACUUAGCCUUAGGCCUGGUGAUUGUUGAGUGAUUUGGGAAUAGAGAGGGAGAUGGGGUUGUUGAUGGUGAGAAUCGGGACGGCGGCGGCCGUGGGGCCGUUGCUGUAUGACCAGAGGAGAGGAGAAGGCGGCGGCGAUUCUCGCCGUGAGAAGACAGGGCGGUGGCUGUUCAUGGCGAGGGAGGUCGGGCCGUUGGCCAAGGAAUCAAGGCGGCGGCCGUUGGCUGUUGUCGUGAGACAGGAAACAGAUUUCAAAGAGACUUUAGGGCUAAGAUUGAGGGUUUCAUUCUUUUUAAUAAUGGGCUGAGACUAAUGAGUUGAAUUAUUCAAUUGAAUAAAUUAUAGAUUUGAUAGCAUACCACAUUUAAUUAUGUUGAUCAAGUAUAUGAUGAGAAUUAUCAUUAGUUUAUUAAGUGACUUGUGAUUAAUCAAGUUAAAUUGAUCAAGAGUUAUUCUUUCAUAUAUAGAUUAAUUGCUUGAUUCAUGAAUUGAUGAAUGGAAAUGCAUCAUAAUUCUAUUAUGUGCAUAUAGUAAGUAUGAUUCACAUAUUAUUUGAUUAAAGUAUUUAUGAAAUUAUAUUGUGAUUUUGGAAGAAAAAUAUUUAAGCACUGAAAUUAUUUUCAAGUUAAAAGUUUUCUACAAAAGUUAAGCAAAGGGUGUUGUUGGUGCCCUUAGCUGAGAAAUUGAUUUUUCAAGAUUUUGAAUUGAGUUUUAAAACCCGGGCAUAGUGAUUUAGAAAUUAGUAAGCUUUAUCCUACUUUGAGCUAAGACUAGUAUCACGAGACCUUUUAAGAUUAGAUUAUUUUGUAGGGUCAGUUGACCAAGAGGAAUAAUAGCACUGCAUUUUCAAGACGAGUUAAGUUUGAACUUCUGGCUUUGUCCUAUCAAGGUGGCUUUAUUUUCAAAAAUUAUGUUCGAGUUAUAUAAACUCGCGCGAAUGCUUUAUGAAUUGUUUAUUAUCCAUGAAAUGUUUUCUAUACACGUUUUCUAUCAGUUUAAUGCUAUUUCUUAAUCAAUUGAGAUUCUCGAGCUGACCUAACAAGCGACGCGAGAAUUGUAUGCACAAUGUUAGUAGUGCCGUGGGUUGAUCGCCAUCGUGUGCUAACAAGCUAAGAGGCGUUAUAAGGGUGCGUCUCUUGUACCCCCGCCAAGAUUUCAGCCAUCAUAGCACUUGAGACAGGCCGAGUGUCAUAGAUAAAAACACCACAGUGCCUUCAUGAUUUCUAAUUAUGAUUCCCACCCCAUACGCUCCCUGAUCUAGAUAAAAUAAAGCAUCGACGUCAACACGGAAGCAACUAUGCUUCGGCUUAAUCCACUUCUUCCCCAGUGAGACACCCAGACAUUUAUCUGUCAAGUAUGUGGGCUUGGCUGCUACAUAUGAUUUCCGAAUACACCUUAGUCGUCUCUUCAUACGACGAUUCAACAAACUCCUUUGCACCAUGCUUUUUGGUGCACAGAUAGGUCCAGGUCUGUCAGAUCAACACGCACCAUAACUCAUAUUCAUCCCUCCCUCAUUCCUUCAAGAUCACUUCUGCAAUAUCCAUGAGUUGUAUCCCUUUUACUUUUUGCAUCACAUCCCAAAAAACGUGAUUGUCGGCAUAUUUGUAACACCUUUGGACAGAAAAAGACAGUGUGUUCCAUGAGUGAUUCCCCAUCUGUCACCGCAAGACUCACAGAUACCAUCUGUAGGAACAUGAUGGUUUUGGAGGUUGGCCGUCGUCGGGGUUAGAUUAGAGAAGGGGCUCGCCAGAUAAAAAUCUUUAUCUCUGGCAGAAUCAAAACAUUCCACACUAACCUGCUCCAUCUCUUUCAAUCAGUUGAGCUACUGUACGGGUGAGUGUCAUAGUACCCAAUCCCCAUGAGAUAGGCCGAUUUCACCGAGAACAUUCGAGUAUCAAACUUCUAGCUCGGCUUAUCAAUUCUACCAUGUUCUCUGAUUGGAGUGGCUUUGAUCCUCUCAAUCUCAUGCAGCUAUAAGUGCUCCUCCAGUUUAUUAACAUCCCAGAGUCCAUCCCUCCAUGUCCUCGCUCGAUGGUUCAGACCUCCUUCUUCCUUGUAUAACCCCAUGCAGACCUUGGACCUAAGCAUCCUUGAAUACAUUCAUAUCCGUUUCAUUCCACACUUUCCAUAUCAAGCCCUCCUUAAUCAUCGAUCUGUUCUAGGCAAUAGAGCGCCAAAACAUAAGACAAUCUCGAGGGAGCAUGAGCUUGCAUCAAAUCACCAUUUUUGAAGUAUUUAGCUUUAAAAAUACGGCUACCAGUGACUCAGGAUACAAAAUCUUCCUCCAAGCAUGUUUUGCCACUAAAGCUUUGUUUAAAAUCUUCAAAUCCCUGAACCUCAUGCCUCUUUUUUCUUUCGGCACACACAUAGAUUCUGAAGCUACCACUGCAUAGCAAAUGUUGGCACCGCAUGAGCUACCGCCUUGAUAAGGACCUCUUUUUCCCCCGCAGAGAACUUCCUUUGAUUCCAGCAUAAAAUUUUCUUCCCCAAUCUAUCCUUCUAAUACCCAAAUUGGAUUCCUUUUUGGCUUAAAGAGAAAGUAGGAAGGCCAAGAUAGGCGUUGUAUCCCACCUUCAGAAAAUAUUAUAAUCAAAUACACCCUCUGUCCAUGGAAGAACUUUAUAGGGUGGAGUGAUAUGAGUUUUAAGAAAAAAAUUGUUGGGUGUAUGUAUUGAGAGUGGGGAAAAGGUUGUUGAGUUGAGUCACUUGAGUGUAUUGGUGAGAAAAUAUUGUAAUUAUAGUCCAAAAAUAAAUAAAGGUUUUUUUUUUUUUUUGUGAACUCCCCAAAAGAAAAAGUAUGAAGUUCUUUUAUGGACAAAAGGAAUAUAAUAAUCCAUCAGUGCUCAAAAAAAUAUAAUAAUCAAAUUCAAAUUCAAAUAAAAUAAAAUAUGAAAAGAAAAAGAAAUUUGAGAAAACUAAUGGCUGUCGGAGAAGUCUGCAAGACUGCAAUUGCCAUUGAAACAACAGAUCCACCCGCCACCACGACCCACCUUCUCUCUCUCCACUCACGGUGGCCCGACGAACUCCACCGCCUCAAUACCGUAGGCUCGGCUCUUCGAAUCGAACAUGGCAUGGAUAGCAUUAAUCUCAUCAGUGCUAGUGCUCUGGUUUGCUUCUCUCUGCAAAGUUUUUCUGGAAUCUCUGUCCGCCUCAAAAGCAUCAUUCUUAAACGAUGGUUCUUUGCUCCUGUGAUUAAUUACCUGACUUCCAGGCAUCAUAAUGUACACAUACUUUGCAUGUCAACUGGCAAUGCAGACGGCAUGGGAAGUAUUAGAAAAGAAGAGUUAUACCUGGCCUCCGUGGUUCUCAAGAUCCCAACGCAGCAAGUGAAGAUACUGGACCAUCCAGAUUUGCAGGAUGGUUUUGGCAAAGUGUGGAACUGGAACUUGUUGGCUAGCAUCAUUGAUGACGAAACUCGUACUCAUUCUAUUGACGUGAUCAUUGCAUUUGAUGAUUACGGUAUAUCUGGUCAUUGCAACCACUGCGACGUUCAUCAAGGAGUAAGAAAGUUGUUGCACGAUGCUUCCGGGAGACACCUCGAGGCCUGGGAGAUUGUAAGCCCUAACAUAGUGCGCAAGUACAUCGGACCAGUAGAUAUUUGGUUAUCCAUCUUGUUUAGCAGACUUACAAAAGACAGACCAUCAUAUUGCUUGCUUAACUUAGAUCUCCGUAAAAGUUAUGCAGCUAUGGCUCAGCAUUCCAGCCAAUGGGUUUGGUUCCGCAAACUAUUUGUGACAUUUUCGAGCUGUACUUACGUUACCACCGUUAAGAAAAUCGUGGAAUGGUAAAGACAAGGAAAAUGGGAAGGCAAUUAUUGAUGGGUCCGAAUUUGCUGAGGGUAGCGUACCUGUCAACGAAGGUGAAGUAUUAAGAACAUGAUAAAACAUUUAUUUUAAACUUAAUUAUGUCAAUAUAUAUUGUAUUGUAUCACUACAUGACCUCCGUCACCUUUGUUGCAUUAUUGACGUGGUAGGUAGAUGAAUGAAAUUACUUGUGAUUGAAUGUGAAUUGUCUUUAAAGUGUUGUGAAUUGGAAUUAUGUU